AUGAGAAUACAGCAUCCAAUGACACGUGUUCCAAAUUCCGGUGCUGAGAAUCAAAACAUUUCAGUAGACGAGAACGACAUUGAGAUGUCAACAGAACCUCAAGAAAACAAUCAAAUUGGAGGAGGCCUUACAAGCAAUGAAACCAAUGAUUGCAUUACAGAAGAAGAAUCAAUAAAUGGAAAUCUCAAGGUUUACAAUUUACCCGCUUUAAAUAAGACGAAAUUUGACCCCCUUCAAUUCUUACAUUCCAACUUUGACAAAAUUAAGAAAAUUCUGAGGACUGCCUUGUUGAAAAGACAAAGUAUCAAAUGGUAUUUAACAAUGCAAGUCCGAUUCAAAAAGGAAACGAAAGGUCAGACGGAAAUGGUGGAGCCUCAUUUUCAUGGACGUUGUCAUAUUGCAUUAAAAGUCGUUGAUUUGGAACAAAGCCUACAAGAUAGCAUCAAAAAGAUAAUGACUUCAUUUUUAGAGUAUCAGAGACAGGGUAGCAAUUGGACACUCGAUAAAAUUAUAGGAUUGACCUUAAAUGUCGCUAAAUACAAACCUUUACGAGGAUCAAGUUUUAUCCCACUGCCAAUCAGACUGAGAGUCAAAAAAGCCAUUGUGAACGUACAAAAUACAGAUCAGAAAUGCUUCCAAUGGGCUAUCUUAUCUGCGCUACACCCAGCAGCACACCAUGCCCAAAGGGUUUCAAAUUACGUUCCAUAUGUUGAUGAACUGGACUUUACUGGAAUAGAAUUUCCAAUGCAGAUGAAGGACAUUAUUAAGUUCGAAAUCCAGAAUGGCAUAUCUGUCAAUGUUUUUGGUUAUGAAAAAGGACAUGUUUAUCCCAUUCAUUUGACAAAGCAGCGUUUCGAGCGUCACGUAGAUCUUUUAGUGAUAACAAACGGACAACGAUCACAUUACUGCUGGAUUAAAAACUUUAAUCGACUUCUAGCAGAUCAAAACAGCGAUCGCAACCAGUAUUUCUACUGCUGCUAUUGUUUACAUGGCUUUACAAAAGCAAAACUGUUGGAAAAGCACAGACCUUAUUGCAAAGUGCAUGGAGCUCAAAGGAUAGAAAUGCCUUCAGAGGAAAAUAAGUGGCUGAGCUAUUCUGACGUUUCCAAGCAACAGAAAGUUAGUUUUGUCAUAUAUGCAGAUUUUGAGUGCAUAUCCUCCAAAAUUUCAACAUGCCAACCCAACUUGUCUAAGCCAAGUACAACUAAGCUAGCAAAACACACUCCUUCAGGGUUUACAUAUAAGAUUGUUGGACCUGAUGACAAUCUUACGGAAGAUCACGUGACAUACCGAGGAGAGAAUGUUGCCGAAACGUUUGUUGACCACAUGGUGCAAGUGGAAGAAAGGUUGAUGAAAAUUCUCCGGAACCCUUUGCCUCUUGAGAUGUCAACAAACGAUGAAAACUUGUUUCAAACUGCUGAAAAAUGCCAUAUAUGUAUGCAAGAAUUGGGUGCAGAUCGUGUUCGCGACCAUUGCCACGUAACUGGGAAGUUCCGAGGUGCUGCACAUAAUACAUGCAACCUUAACCUGAAACAACGGGAACGCAUACCUGUAUUAUUUCACAAUUUAAGGGGAUACGACUCCCACAUAAUCAUGCAAGCAAUUGGAAAAAUGAAAAACAAAACACUGAGCUGCAUUCCACAGAACCAUGAAAAGUACAUAUCUUUUUCAAUGGGAAAACUGGAUUUCAUUGAUUCCUUUCAAUUUCUGUCAACAUCUCUAGAAAAACUUGUGAAAAACCUUUCAAAGGAAGGUGUAGAGAAGUUUAAGCACCUUUAUCACUAUAUUGAAAAGCAGCAUCCAGGUCAAAUUAACGAAAAGAUGAAUUUACUCAUGCGCAAAGGGGUGUAUCCCUACGAGUACAUGGAUAGUAUAGAUAAAUUUCGAGAAAAAUGUCUUCCAGAGAGAUCAGCUUUUCAUAGUAGUAUUGAUGAUCAGGAUUUGUCAGAAGCUGAUUUUUAUCAUGCACAGUCUGUUUGGAAAACAUUUGAGAUGUCCGACUUAGGAGACUAUCACGAUCUCUAUAUGGAAACUGACGUCAUUCUUUUAGCCGAUGUAUUUGAAAACUUUAGAAAUCUUUGUCUUCGUAUUUAUGGACUAGACCCAGCACAUUUUUACACUGCCCCGGGACUGGCAUGGCAAGCGGCUCUAAAAAUGACAGACGUUCAUUUAGAACUUUUUACAGACCCUGACAUGCAUCUAUUCAUUGAAAGGGGUCUGAGGGGAGGCAUUUCUAUGAUAUCACAAAGAUACGCCAAAGCUAACAAUCCAUAUGUAGAAGAUUACAAUCAUAGCCAACCAAACAAUUACCUCAUGUAUCUAGAUGCAAACAACUUAUAUGGAUGGUCAAUGAGUCAAGCUCUUCCAACACACGGAUUCCGAUGGCUUUCCAAGGAGGAAAUAAAUUCUUUUGAUAUUCAAAAUAUCAGUGAAGAUUUUAAAGAAGGCUACAUUUUAUCAGUGGAUCUUGAUUAUCCAGCAGAAUUACAUGACCUUCACAGUGAUUAUCCGUUAGCACCAGAACCAUUUGAAGUGAAACCAAAUAUGCUAUCAUCCUACCAGAAAGAACUACUCAAAGAGCUGAAUCUUCUUGAAACAUCAACUCGAAAAUUAGUUCCGAAUCUCCACAACAAAACCGAUUACGUAAUUCACUAUAGGAAUUUGCAGCUAUACUUAUCACUCGGUAUGAAGGUCUCUAAAGUUCAUCAAGUGCUUGCGUUUCAACAGGAGCCAUGGUUGAAAAAGUACAUUGACUUUAAUACAAACAUGCGAAAAGCAGCUAAGAAUGACUUUGAAAAAGACUUCUACAAAUUAAUGAAUAACAGUGUGUUUGGAAAGACAAUGGAAAAUCUCAGAAAACGAGUAGAUAUUCAGCUUAUUCACCGGGAGCAAAGGCUUCUUAAGGUUACAGCAAAACCAGGGUUCAAAUCAUUUAAGAUAUUCAACAAAGAUCUGGCAUCGGUGGAACUUACAAAACAGAAUCUUGUCUUGAAUCGCCCUAUAUACGUUGGAUUUUCCAUAUUAGAAAUGUCAAAGGUACUGAUGUACGAUUUCCACUACAACCAUGUCAAAUACACAUAUGGAGGAAAUGCGGAGUUACUGUUCACAGACACAGAUUCCUUAUGUUACAAUAUAUUUACAGAAGACUUGUACAAGGAUCUGGAGAAAGUAAAGCACCAUUUUGAUUUCAGCGAUUACCCAAGUGAUCAUUUUCUAUAUGAUGACACCAACAAAAAGGUCUUGGGUAAAAUGAAAGAUGAAACCAUGUCAGAGCCUAUGACAGAAUUUGUAGGUUUGAGACCAAAAAUGUAUAGUCUUACCUAUGGACCAAGUGAAAAACGCACAGCUAAAGGUGUCAGCAAAUCGGUGAUUAGAUCGAAAAUGCGCCAUUCGUCGUACAAAGAAUGUUUAUUUCAAAGAGAAUCUCACAUGGAAACCAUGAUUACAUUUAGAUCAGAAAAACAUCAGAUACUUACCAUUGCCUUGAACAAAACAUCUCUUUCCCCCUUUGAUGACAAACGUUAUAUAUUGAACGAUGGAAUUCACACAUUAGCUCAUGGACAUUGGAGAAUUUCCCAUAAUGCAAUGGCUUUGAGUAUUUAA